CCGUCUUUAACGAUGUCCGCGCCUAUCAUUUUUAUGCUAUGUUUGUCUUAAACAAAAUAAAAUUCCAAAAUAUUUCUGAGUUCAGCUUUCUUAUUACUUACCCGUAAAGCCUUUGCUCUAUGCUCCUGUGUUCAUAUCUUUAUUUCAAUUUGCAUGCUGCAAAAUCACCAAAAAAAGGCACACAAACACCAUUGGCACACUGUAGCUAAUCGCCUAUAUACAUAUAUCUUUAGUGGGGUUUCUGGGUUUUAAUUCAAUUGGGUUUUUUCUGCACUGAUGGCACCUUUGAGAGGAAACAAAAAGAAAAGGAAGGUCGAGAAUAAGGAUGAAGAAAACUCUUUGGUUUCUGGGUCUUCAGAAGAGAGCUCUGCUAAUUGGUGGAAUGCUUUCUCAAAGAAAAUUGCUGGUAGUCCAUCUCAAUCAAAUGGAUUGGAUAAGUUCAAAUCUAUUUUCCAAAUGUCGAGAAACACAUUCGACUAUAUAUGUUCCCUGGUAAAAGAUCACAUGAUGGCCAAAACACAUUUUUCUUUUUCAAAUGGAAAGCCAUUGUCAUUAUGUGACCAGGUAGCUUUAGCUUUGAGAAGGCUAUCUUCAGGAAAUUCACUAAUUUCAAUUGGUGACUCGUUUGGGGCACAUCAUUCAACCGUCUCUCAAGUGACAUGGCGUUUUAUCGAGGCCAUUGAAGAAAAUGGACUUCACCAUCUCCGCUGGCCUUCUGCUGAACAAGAAAUGACCAAGAUUAAAACCAAGUUCGAAAAGAUCCAAGGCCUUCCAAAUUGUUGUGGGGCAAUUGAUACCACACACAUAAAGAUGAUGUUAACGUCGUCUGAUCAGGGAGCUGACAUGUGGCUUGAUCGCAAGGAGAAUCACAGCAUGAUCCUGCAGGUGGUUGUGGACUCUGAUUUCAGGUUCCGGGACAUAGUCACAGGCUGGCCGGGAAAGAUGAAUGAGUACUCAGUUCUCCAGAGUUCGAAUUUUUUCAAACUAUGUGAGAAAGGAGAGAGGAUGAACGGGGAUAAACUAACUUUGUCAGAACAAACUGAAGUUGGGGAAUAUAUAAUUGGUGAUACCGGAUAUCCGUUGCUGCCUUGGCUCAUGACUCCUUACCAAGGUAAAGAACUUUCAGAAUCCAAAGUCGAGUUCAAUAAGAGACUUAUCGCAACUCAUAUUGUUGCAAAGAGGGCAUUGGCAAGGCUGAAGGAAAGAUGGAAAAUGAUUCAAGGAGAUAUGUGGAGACCCGACAAGCACAAGUUACCAAGAUUUAUUUUCGCAUGCUGCAUUCUCCACAAUAUUGUUAUAGACAUGGAAGAUGAGGAUUCAGAUGAGGGGCCCUCGUCUCACCACCACGAUCCUGGAUAUAGGAACGAGGUUUGUGAAUUUGUUGAUGAGUCCGCUUCGAAUUUGAGGGACAAGCUAUCUAUGCAUUUAUCUGGGAGUCUUAAUUCUCAUGUCAAUCUUACAUUUGAUGGAGUUACUGCCUAGCUGCCACUCAUCAUACAGUUAAAUAAGAUAGGAGAAUCCAAGGAGAAAAAGAAAGUGAUUUUUAAUUUUCAUUCAGGAAUUCACCUUUUUUUUAAUUAAUUAAUAAAUUUCAGAGGUUAGUACUUGAUUUUUCAAUUUCUAGACGUUGGAGAUAGUUUUGUGUAUUUCAAUUUGUUAUAUUUCACGCGAGUAUUGCUGUCA